UUCCCACGGAGUAGCCAAGUGUAGUCGAGGGAAAUUUUGUUCUGAGUUUUUCACUUAAAUUUUUGAGCAUCUUCGAGCCUAUUUCAGGCCCCAUUGACCCGAUUAGUCUGAUCUGGGCAUCAUUGGAAAGACAUUUUUCUCCUGCAGAACUUGAGUAUAGACGAUGCCAAUUUUGGUCAAAGCUGAUGACAUCAAAAGUGGAACAAAGGGCAACGCUCUUCACUGCUGGUUACGGCCAGCACCAGCGUUAAGGAGUUAAUGCCCUAGGAAAGGCAAUACAAUAAGCCAAAUUUCAUUUAACUUCAUUACUACUAGUUGCAAAAUCCUAUAUUACAAGGUUGAGUUCAGAGACGUCUGUGUAACAUGAAUGUUUGCAGCAUUAUGUUGGUAGCCACACCCAACCUCCAAACAUGGCGGUCCAGAAAAGUGGUAUUUGGCUGCUCUCUACCCUUGGUCUUGCCUGGCUGGUCCUUUUAAGAGUCAAAAAGCAUACUAACCUAGUCCAAGGUUAUUGACGCUCGAAAGCAACUGAUUCUCAAAUAAAGUUGCAACUCCAGAGCAGGAGAUAAACUAUGACAAUUUUUCUCACAUAUUUGGUAAUUUUAGGCCUUUUUCUAACUAAUUGAAGUGUUGAUUUUAAAUUCAAAUGAUGCUAUUGUGUUUGUGUUUUUUGCGUUAUCAUACAUGCUAGAGGGUGACUUAUCUUGAAAUUUGCAGGAAUUUUUGGGCAAUGGUAAUGAAGGAUAUACCAUGUAUCACUCCAUUUCACCAAGUCCUUACUGCCGCUAUGUACAGAUACGCCCUGUCAGCUGGGCGGACAAAAUAGCACUGAGAGUAGAAUUGUAUGGGUAUGAGGCAGGUAAAUAGUUAUUGAGGACAGUCUAUUGUUCCUAGGUAGUUAAUGAAGUGAUGAAGUCAGUAUACGGUUAAAUUCUCUCUGUCAUGGGCAUGCAUCAAUUUCCUAUACAUUACAUAAUUUACUAUAUGAUUGGGAGGCUGUAAUGAGCUCCAGAGAGCUGUGACAAUGCAAGAUACUGCAAAGUUUCCAACAGCUUUGUGGCCCCCUGAUUGGCUGUAUUCUUCAGCCUUUUCAGUUGACAUACAUCAAUAUCUUCUCCUCCCUUCGGCAACACAGCGAAGCACAUCUGAUCAUCUUAAGUAUACCAUUUUCAACACAACUCUUCAACUCCCCCAAAUGUUUCACGUUCUUUUCUGUUCCCUGGAUUUUUUCCUGCAACUGCAGAUGUAUCUUAUGAGUAGAUUGAUGAGAUAAACUAAUUGUAUUUACAACCGCAAAGGAGCAGAAAACAAAUGUAAAUAAUUGCUUUUGAUUUCUUGGUGUCUUCCAGUGAGCAUUAGUAGUGAUACAAAAUUGUGUAAUUUAGAUUGUCUCAGUAGGAUGGGCAUAAUAAGAGGAGAAAUCCUUUCCACGCAGUUGUCAUCUUCAUCAAGAGCACAUCAUUAUAGUGGACCAGAAUUUGGUCGCCUUAACAUAGGCCUUGGUUAUGGAGCAUGGUGCGCAGCCAAACAGGACAAAAAUCAAUAUUUACAGGUUGACAUGUUAGAGAUGAUGUUUGUUAGUGGUGUGGCUACUCAGGGGUGCAUGAUCAAUGACAGCUGGGUCCGUUCUUACAAGUUUGUUUACCGUGGUGAUGGUAAAGCCUGGACCAAAUACACAGAAGCAGACACAGAGCAGGAAAUUGCAGCCAACUGGGACAGGAACACAGUAGUGCUACACUUCUUUUCUCCUGUCCUUUUAGCGCAAUGUGUACGCUUUUUACCACAAAGCUGGGAGAAUGCAAUUUGCAUGAGAAUAGAACUGUAUGGUUGUUCUAUGGAUCAAUUUCCUUGUGCAGAGGGUGGUGGCUGUAGCCCUCAGGCUGUGUGCAUGGCUCUUGACAAGGAGAACGAAGUUUGUGUAUGCAUUGAGGGAUAUCAUGGAAAUGGCAAACUUUGCAAAGAUUUAGAUGAAUGUGCAAGUGACAGUGCAAGUCCUUGUCCGGAACACACAGACUGUGUCAACACUGAAGGUUCAUUCACAUGCAACUGUCGUCCUGGAUUUACAAAACAGCAUUUUACGUGUGAAGACGUGAAUGAGUGUAAAGAUGAUAUUUGCCCGUCACACAUGAAGUGUAUCAACACGUUUGGCUCUUACACCUGUGAUUGUACCAGUGGAAAAGUAUAUAAUGCUGCAGAUAAAACGUGCAUCGAUGUUGAUGAGUGUAGUGUGGGCGCAUUCACCUGCCACCCUCUUGCUAGUUGCGUUAACACCUUUGGUUCAUAUUACUGUGCAUGUCCUGCAGGAUACACAGGUCGCGGUAAAACAGUUUGUGCUGAUGUAGAUGAGUGUCGCCAAACACCCGAUCCUUGUGAUCAUAAUUCUAUAUGUCAUAACACUAAAGGAGGUUAUCAAUGUUCUUGCAAGACUGGUUACAUUAGGGAGGCUAACAAGUGUGUUGGUGAGAAACUUCUCCACUUUAUUAGUCAGGAAAAAGGAGGACCUUUUUUGCCAUGAAAUCCUCUCUCCUAGAAUAAAAUUUAGUUGUCUUGUAACAGGGUCAAUAUCAUAUUAUCUUCCCCGAAAAGAGGUCCGUAUAACGUUAUUAUGUCGUAAAACAAAACCCUAUUGUUGUCGUGCCCACAGACAACGACCCAGACAGAUGGUAGAGUCCUUGAGGACGGCGCCAACUUUUGUUAGUGCACACUCGUUCUGUGCAUCAUUCAAGACAUGGUUUAACCGCCACGCGUGCGCUAGGGUUGGCGCUUGCGCAUUGACCAUGGAUAGUAUCCAUGCAAGUACACGACUAAAAUGAAAGCAAAAUUUUCCUACUGUGACCAAAUCAAGAUUAAUGAACGUGUACUAAAACCAGGCUUACCACAAUAGCAGCGUAUCGCUUACCAUAACUGUUAACGGUUUC